AUGUCAGGAGUAGCGUGGUCACUUCUCGAGUCAUAUAAUUCCGGAUCUUUGCACGACAGUACGGUGGCGUAUGACAUACACGCAUUCUGGAACAUGGGCGAGGAGGCGGUUGAAUGCCUCGCGGAGGGCGUAAACGGGACGUGCGCAAACAUGGUGAUGUUCAAGGUUAUACGAGGGAAGAUGAACAAAACUAGUGCGAUGGGAUGUAAUCAGCUCGUGGCGGGCUCAGACUGA